UUGAACUUCGACAGCGACGAAGCUCCGGUGCCUGAAGACUUUAUCAAACCAACGUUUACGGAGAGACCAGUCAUCAGGCAAUCGGAUGAUGGUACCAAAAUCACGUUCGAAUGUCGAUGUGUUGGCAAACCGAAACCAACCAUCACUUGGUACCAUGGUAAAAAGAUAAUAAAAGAAAGUAAUCGAUAUAAAAUUACGCUUGAAGAGGACCAAACUUUAUAUCACAUGGCGCGACUUGACAUAAUAGGUGUAGAAAAUACUGAUAAGGGAGAAUACAGAGCUGUGGCAAGAAACAAACAUGGUGAAGGCGUAGCAAAAAUUAAUUUAAAUUUUGAAGGUGGAGACAAAGCAAAAAUUCCUGCAGGUAAAGCACCAAGAUUUCCAAAAAAACCAACUAUUGGACAGGAAGGUGAUAUAUUAAUUAUGGAAUGUAUAUUAGAAGCGCAUCCAAUGCCAGAUAUAACGUGGUUUCAUGAAGAUAAAGAAAUUAGAGAUGGCGCAAAAAUGAAGAUGUCACGAAAAGCUAUAGGAAAAGAUACUUUUAAUUUAACAUUAGAGAUUUUAAACCCGACUAGGGAAGACGGAGGAAAUUAUCGUUGUAACGCCUUUAACGUGUUUGGUGAAAGCAAUGCCAAUAUUGCUCUCAAUUUCCAAGGUGGGGAUGAUGAAAAUGGUUUCGCACCAUCAUUUGUGGAGAAACCUCGAAUCAUUCCCAAUGAAGACGGCACUCUCAUAACAAUGAGGUGUGUUUGCAAAGCCAAGCCGGCGGCUGAAGUAACGUGGUACAGAGGCACAACCGUUAUCAAGGCUAGCAGCAAAAUUGAAAUUAAAUCAUCUAUAAUUAGCGAAGACGUAUAUGAAUUAGUAUUGCUCUUAUCUAAUCCAACAGCAGCGGAUGGUGGUUCUUACCGCUGUCAUGUAAGAAAUGAGUUUGGAGAGAGUAACGCUAAUCUAAACCUAAAUAUUGAGGCUGAGCCAGAACCUGAAGGAGAAGGACCCACAUUUGUUGAGAAGCCUACCAUUCAGUCUAAGGAUAACGGUAAAUUAGUCAUAAUGGGUUGCAAAGUAAAAGCUAGUCCCAGACCGACGAUUGUGUGGUACCACGAGGGUAAAGAAAUAAGAGACUCGUCGAAAAUCAAAACCAGGGUUGAAGUUAAAGAAGAUAUUUAUACGAUUGUUUUGGAACUUCUCGACCCUGGUAUUGAUGACUCCGGAUUGUAUAAAUGCAAUAUCAAGAAUGAACUUGGAGAGCUUAAUGCUAAUCUAACGCUCAAUAUUGAAAUCAUUCCAGUUAUCAAAGAGAAGCCAAAGAUCAUUAAAAUAGUUAAGAAGAAGACUGUAAUCGUUGAAUGUAAAGUAUUAAGUAAAUUUGCACCUUCCUGUACGUGGUACAAAGAAUCUAGUGCAGUUAGAGAAGAUUCUAGACAUACUGUUCUUAUUGAACCACUCAGAGAAGGUGAAUUCGCAGUUAAAUUAGAAAUAUCAAACAUUUCCCAACAAGAUAAAGGUUCAUAUAAAUUAGUUGCUAAAAACGAAAAGGGUGAGGCGACAUCGCAACAAGUUGAAAUCACUGAUAUUCCAGAGGAAAAGGGCGAGAAACCACAAAUUAUUAAACAUCUCAGAAGUCUAGCAAGAAAAGAAAAUGAGGAGGCCGAAUUUAUAGCGGUGCUCAAAACAUCCGACCAAUCAUGCAGAUGUACUUGGUAUAAAAAUUCUACAGUAAUAAGAGAGUCAUCUGAAGUGAAUACCUCUUUCGAUGGAACCACUUCCCGCCUGAUUAUCAGAAAAAUGUCUUCUAAAUAUGUUGCAAACUACAGAGUGGUAAUUAGAAACGAAUUUGGUGAAGAUGAAUCCAGUGCCGAUUUAACGCUUGUCGAAGAAAAGAAAAAGAAAAAAGAGGAAGAGGAAGAAGAAACGACAGUAAUAGAAGAGUCGGAAGAAGAAAUGUCAAUUGUUGAAGAAAAAUCAAUUAUUGAAGAAAACCAUAUCGAUGAAAGGAAAGAGGAACAAAUUAAAAAGAAGGAAGAUGAAGAAAAGAAAACAGUUGAAGAAAAGAAAUCAGCUGUUAAAAAAGUUACAAAUAAACAAGAAAUGAAAAUGGAGGAGAGCAAUGAGGAAAUUACAUUUGAAGCUAAAAAAUCCGAAGCACAAAUGGAGGCGAAGAAGGUUGAAUCUAAAACAACAGAAAGGAAAAAAUCUGAAGCUGAAGCUCAAGAAGUUAAGAAAAUCCUUGAAAAGAAGACCGCUAAAACAGAAGAAGAAAAGAAGGCUCUUUUGGAACAAAUCGAAAAGAAAAAGUCUGAACCUGAACCAGAAGCCAAAAUUGAAGGUAUUCCAAAACUCAAGCCAGUUAAACCUAAAGAAGAACCAAAAACUGCAGAAGAAAAGAAACAGACUACUAAAAAGACUGAACAGAAAAAGAAAGUUGUUAAAAAGAAGGUUGUCGCUAAAAAAGAGGCGGAUGAUGAAUUCGACUUCGUUGACGAUUACGAGCGUCCAGUAUUGGAGAAAUAUGAAAGAAUUACACCAACGCCCCUACCUAAAAAACCUAAAAAAGAUGACAUUCCGAAGGGCAAACGGCCAUCAAUGUCAGAUUAUACUGAAAGUGAAGAAAUAGAAGAAAGUGAAGAAGAGACGUCGAUUGCUACUCACACGCUGGAUAAAAAACCAAAAACUUUGUCUAACGAUCAGGUUGAAGAUGAAAGAAGACGACUUAGUAUUAAAAAAGGCAUUCCCAAACCAGAGGAACCAGUUGAUGAGUUAUCGAAAGUUAAGUUAUUAAAGACUCCAACCAAACCAGGCGAAGAUAAUCUUCAAGAGCCGCAGGUUGCUCAGACCAAAAAGUUGGUUAAAAAGCCGGAAGAAGAAAGAGAAUUCGUCGAUGAUUACGAAAGGCCUGAUCUAGAGAAAUAUGAAAAAAUAUCACCAACCGCUACAGAUAGGACCAAAAAACAGAAUGGAGUAGAAGAGGAAGCAAUGAUUGUCGACGAUUACGAAAAACCUGAGUUAGAAAAAUAUGAGAAAGUUAGUAGCACACCUAAAGGCAAACGCGGCUCUAAAGAAAUACAGGAUGAGGCUGAUAUUAUGAAAGGGAAAAUUAAACCUAAAGAGAAAGAAGAGGAACCACAAAUGCCUACGCUUCGUAAACGUCCUGUAACCAAGGACAAGGAGGAUGACAAAAAACCUGAAGAAAAACCAAAGAAAAAAUCGCUUAAAAAAGAUGAGCCGGGAGCCAAAAAACGACCUUCACUCAAAGAAAAGGAGGUCGUGGACGAGGAAUUUAUCGACGAUUAUGAGAGGCCGGUUCUUGAAAAAUACGAGAAAAUCUCUCCAACCCCUAUCGCGAAAAAGAAGAAGGACGAUAAAAAGCCAGAUGACGAAGUAUCAAAUGCAGUUACAGCCAAGAGGCCAUCUGUUAAAGAUAAAGAUAAACCUGAGUCUAUGGAUAUCGAUGAAGAAGUUCAACUGACUAAACCGAAAGCUCCUGCUAAACCCGGUCCUGAGGAUGUUUCUUUGACACAUAAGACACCUGCUGAAAUUACACCAACGGAAGGCGAGGCUGAGGCAAAACUAAACGUAAAAAAACCAGAAAUCAUCGAAGAAAAAACACUUAAGCGACCAUCAGUUAGAGACAAGGACACAAAGAAAGAAAUGAAGCCUAAUGGCAAUAAGUUUCAACCACUCUCGCCGUCAGAUAUUUUAAGGAGAAUAGCUAUUAUUGCUAAGGGAGAGGACACAGAGGAGUCUGUCAAUCUUACCAAGCCACGUACUAAAACAAGCACAACUGCUCCUGAAGAUGCAUCUCUCACGCACAAGACACCAGCUAAGAAAGAGCCAACGGAGGGAUCAGAAGCAGCUCAACUUAAAGUUAAAAAACCAGCUGUUGCAAAAAAAGGACAUAAAGAUGAGGAGCCACUUACAACCCAGGGUGGCAAAUUCGAAAUACCUCAACUAAAGAAAUCUGUUAAGAAAACUACAGAAAAACCUAAACACGCAACACCGGGUACCGAUUCUGCUACACAUGAUGGGUACGAACUUGACUUCGUUGAUGACUACGAGCGACCAGUGCUUGAGAAGUAUGAAAAGAUUUCUCCUACACCUAUAGUUAGGGAGAAGAAGGAAAAAGAGCAAACUACGACUGAAAGUCGAAGAACCUCAUUUCAAUCAGAGACGAACGAAGAAACCAAAACAGAAAGCCGCAGAAGUUCUAUUAUUGAAAACAAAGCUCUUAAGCUGACUAAGGAAACUGCCGAAAGUAGGAAGUCUUCGAUUUCUUCUAUAUCUGAGCAACAAGAGGUGUCCUCUGUAAGAAAAGCUUCUUUAAAGACAACAGUUAAGGAACCCGAAGUAAAUGAAUUAGAGCAAAUAAAACUUAAGAAAGUGGCCAUGAAAGAAGAGAAAUUAGAAGCAGAAGUUAAAAAAGCCAAGGCCACAACUGUUAAAAAGAAAGCAGAAGAACUACCAGAAAUUCCUGACUACGACAGGCCCGAUCUAGAAAAAUAUGAAAAAAUUUCACCUACACCUACUACUAGAGAAAAGCCUGAAAAGGACAAGCCGGCUGAUAAACCAAAAAUUGCCGAAGUGAAAGCUCCUGAAGAACCGCAAGCUCCUACAGCUCCUAAAAUAAAAGAGCCCGCAGAAAAGCCAGCAGCGCCCAAAAUUGAGGUCAUACGUGAGAAAUCGCCUAAACCAGAAAUGCCCAGAAAACCCUCUUUAUCUCCUGCGCCAGCCGCAAGACGUGGCUCACUCAUACCUCCUCCGGAGGAAAUGGGAAGACGUCCUUCUCUCAUUAUUAGCGACGAGGAGAAUAGAAAACUAAGACCUGGUGAGGUGAUCGAAGAGAAGAAGCGACGAAAAUCCGGUGAUGCUAGAAGACCUUCGGUACAAGAUUUGGAAGGCCUAAUUAACAAACCUUCAGUUCCUCUGAAACCCAUCGGAAAUGAAGGCCCACCAGUUAUCGUCGACGCGCCGGAAAGCAACUCUGCUAUUGAAGAUCAAGUGGGUUACCUUACUGUUCAAGUCGAGGGUAAUCCGGCGCCGACAUUCAAGUUCUACAAGGGCGUUACGGAAAUCAUCGAGGGAGGUCGUUUCAAAUAUAUAACAGAUGGAGAAACAGGCCUCAUCACACUUUGCAUGAGAAAAGUGAAGCCCAACGAUGAGGGCAAAUACAAAGUUGUCGUUAGCAACAUCCAUGGCGAGGACUCGGCUGAAAUGCAACUUUACGUGUCCGAUGCUAGUGGCAUGGACUUCCGAGCUAUGCUCAAAAAGAGAAAGUACGAAAAAUGGGGUGGAAAGAAAGAAGACCCCGAUUGGGGAGACCUCAAAGAAACUGAAAAACCAAUUCCACCUCUAAAAAAAGUUGAGAAGAAACCUGAAUCUUUCUUGAAGCCACUUGUAGAUCAAAAUGCAAAAGAGGGUAAAGAUAAGAAAGUGACAUUUGAAGCUAUCUUCACAAAGCCUAACGCCAAGCCAAAAUGGCUCUUCCGCAAGGACGAACUUUUCCCUGGUUCCAAGUAUAAGAUGACUAAUGAGGGAGACUCAUACAAGUUAAUAAUUAUGAAUCCUAAGGUAGAAGAUACAGGCAAAAUCACAAUAGAAAUUGGUGGUAUUUCCAGCACUGCCUUUUUGCAAGUUGAUGAACCUGACCCCACAUAUACCUUCGUAAAGCCUCUAAAGAAGUCUCUUAGUGGAUAUACUAAGCAUGAAGUAAUAUUAGAAUGCGCUGUAUCGAACAGCUUAGCUAUCGUAUCUUGGUGGAAAGGUGACCAGAAAUUAGAAGAUAAUGAUGAAUUCCAAACAUCGAAAGAUUUAUCUGGUGUAUGCAAAUUAACAAUUAAGAAUGCCAAGUUUGAAGACGCUGGUAAAUAUAUAUGCAGAAUAGAGAAACAACCCGACAAGACUGAAUGUGACGUUAAAAUUAUCGAAUACCCGUAUAAAUUUACCAAGGUACUUAAAUCCCAACAAGCGAUUGAGAAAGACACCGUAACGCUUCUUUGUGAACUUGACGAUGCUACUGGUGACGUCAAAUGGUUUAAGAACGACCAGCCACUUAAGGCUGACAAGCGCAUCACUAUCGUUAAGGAGGGUCGCAAACGGAAAGUCGUUAUUAAGGACGCAAAGGUCACCGACGCUGGCAACUUCAAGUGUGUCAGCAAUGCAGACGAGACUUCUUGUGAAUUGAUUGUCAAAUACUCAAAUCGCUUCAACAAAAAAUUGAAGGAUACCGAAGCAGUUGAAAGAGAAAAGGUGGUACUAGAGGUUGAACUUCAGGAUCAAACUGCCGAGGCCGUUUGGUCUUUCAACGGCACGCCAAUUGUACCAAAUGACAGGAUCGAAAUUAAAAAUCUGGGAGGUGGUAAACACCAGUUGAUCUUCAACAAAUUAGAGAUGGAAGAUGAAGGUGAAAUCCUUUGCGAGUCUGGAGAACUCAAGUCUUCUUGCAAACUUACUGUCAAGAAGGGAGAAUCCAAACCUUCGAUCGAAUGCCCUGACGAGUUUAACGGGCCUGCUGGACAUCCUUUCGUCGUUGAAGUGCCUUACAAAAUUUCUGGCACUCGACAAACACCUAUUGAGGCCAAACUGUUUAAAGACGGCAAGGCCUUACCCGCUAAAGAAGUUGAGGUUGUGGUACAACAGGAGAAAGUUCUUUUCAAAAUGAAGAAACCAACCAGAGAAGGAUCUGGUAAAUACCAUAUUAGAUUGUCUAACGCUCAGGGUGAAGAUUCCAAAGACGUCACUAUUACCAUGCAGAGUGCACCAACACCACCACAAGAUGUUGAAGUUUCAGAAAUAUUCCAAACUUCAUGUGUCGUAACAUGGAAAGUGCCACAAGAUGAUGGUGGUUCACCAAUACUGAAAUAUAUCAUUGAGAGACAGGAUCUGUCUCUAAAAGCAGGGUGGGACAAUGUUGCCGAAGUGGCACACGGUGAACCAACAAAAUACAAGGUUGAAGAUCUUAUCGCAAAGAAGACUUAUAAGUUCAGAAUACGUGCCGUCAACAAAAUCGGCUCAAGUGAACCUGGUCUUUUCGCCAAACCCGUGCUGGCUAAAGAUCCUUGGGAUGAACCGUCGAAACCUAAGAGCGUGGAAUUAACGGACUGGGAUAAAGAUCAUGCUGAUCUUAAAUGGCAAAAACCAGAUAACGACGGUGGCGCUCCUAUUACAGGCUAUGUCAUUGAGUAUAAAGAGAAAUUCGGCAAAGACUGGGUACAAGGCAAGGAAGUCCCAGGAGAUUGCCUUGAAGCAACUCAAGAUGGACUUAAAGAAGGCUGCACUUAUGAAUUUCGAGUUCGUGCCAUUAAUAAAGCAGGCCCUGGCGAGCCCAGUGAUAGUACUAAGCCAAUCGUUGCUAAGUGCAGAUUCGUUAAGCCUUUCAUCAUUGGAGAGGGACUUCAGAAUAUGAUAAUCAAAAAAGGACAAGUCAUCUCGUACGAUAUUAAAUACGGAGGAGAACCGGAACCCGAAGUCAGAUGGAUGCACGGAGAAGAGAAACGUGGAAAGGCGUACACAGAGAAGGAAAUUCGUGAUGAUGGUGAGCGCAUCACCAUCGACAAAUACGAAAGAAACACUGUAUUAAAUGUAAGGAAGACGACCAGACCUGACAGCGGUAAAUAUAAAUUGGUUCUGACCAACUCGUCUGGCACCUGUGAAAGCAUAGCAGAUGUUGUUGUGCUAGAUAAACCUAACCGACCUAACGGUCCCAUUGAAGUGGUUGACGUACGAGCUGAAAAGGCAACUGUCAAAUGGCAGAAGCCUGAUGAUUGGCAAGGAUCUGAUAUUACGGGAUAUACUCUCGAAAAGAUGGACAUGGAUACAGGCAAAUGGUUUCCCUGUGGUGAAACUGGCCCAGAGCCUACUGAAUUCACAGUGAAGGGUCUGACACCAAACCACAAGUAUAAGUUUAGGGUUCGUGCAGUGAAUAAGGAAGGAGAAUCUGAGCCGUUAGAAACUGACGGCUUUAUCGUCGCGAAGAAUCCUUAUGAUCCACCAAAAGCGCCAGGCAAGCCUAACAUCAUUGAUUAUGACAACAUGUCGGCAACACUUCAAUGGGAGCCGCCGACUGAUAAUGGUGGUAGACCAGUGUUGGGCUACGUGAUUGAGAUGAAAGAUAAGUUUACUGCUGAUUGGAUAGAGGUUGGAAAACUUACAGAACCUAAAACUGAAUACAAAGUGGAAGGCCUGAAAGAGAAAAUGAUAUACCAGUUCCGUGUAAAGGCCUACAAUAAAGCUGGGGUUGGUGAUGCUUCACAGCCAACAGAAAACCAUCUUUGUAAACAUAGGAACUUGAAACCUCGCAUUGAAAGAAGUACAUUCAAAUCUGUCAUAAUAAAGGCAGGGCGAACACACAAAUGGUCUGUGGAUGUCAUCGGUGAACCACCACCAGAGACCACAUGGUCAUGGCGCGAGAACAUAAAGCUGGUCAACACGGAACGCAUCAAAAUCGAGAACAAAGAGUACCAUACGGACUUCACAAUAGUGAACGCAGUGCGUAGGGAUACCGGGAAGUACACUCUCCGCGCCGAGAACUGCAAUGGAUUUGAUGAGGAGACCGUGGAGCUAACGGUGCUGAGCAAACCCAGCACGCCAAAGGGUCCACUUGAGGUGACAGACAUUCACGCGGAAGGAUGCAAGGUGAAAUGGGAAAAGCCGGAGGACGAUGGCGGUUCACCGAUCAAGGAGUACGAACUCGAGAAAAUGGACCUCGCUACCGGAAAAUGGGUUCGUGUUGGAAGGGUUGCUGGUGAUAAGAAGCCCUUGGAAAUGGAUGUGACUGGCUUGGAGCCCGGACAUCAGUACAAGUUCAGAGUGACAGCCGUCAAUGAUGAGGGCGACUCGGAACCUCUCGAGACAGAAAGACCCAUUCUGGCCAAGAACCCGUAUGAUGUUUCGGACAAGCCCGGCAAUGUGGAAGUUGCGGAUCACGACAAUCAAAGCGCGGAGAUCAAGUGGGAGCCACCGGCGUCCGACGGUGGAGCUCCAAUCCUAAAGUAUAUCAUACAAAAGAAGCCCAAGGGCGGCGAUUGGGAGAAUGCUGUUGAGGUACCGGGAACGGCGACCUCCGGCAAAGUAGAGGGCUUACCUGAAGGUAGUGAGUACCAAUUCCGGGUUAUCGCCGUCAACAAGGCCGGCCCAUCUGAACCCUCAGAGCCGACCAAGAUGACUACUAUAAGACACAAAGCUCUGAAACCACGUAUUGACCGAACGAACUUAAAAUCCUUGGCUGUCCGGGCCGGCAAGCCGAUCUUCUUCGACGUCAACGUGAAAGGAGAGCCAGCGCCUAAAGUUCAGUGGUUCCAGAAGUGGAAGGGAGAAGAGAAGGAGGUGACCCAAAACGUGAUCAACGUGGAUUACAACACAAAGCUGGACGUUAAGGAGUCAGUCCGUUCGAUGACUGGCACGUACCGCAUCCUGGCGACUAACGAACACGGAAAAGAUGAAGCCGAAGUUGAGAUCACGGUGCUAUCAUCGCCAAGCAAACCCGGUGGCCCGCUGAAGGUCACCGACGUCACUAAGAACGGCUGCAAGCUGGCCUGGAAGAAGCCCGAAGAUGAUGGAGGAAAACCCGUCACCGGCUAUGUAGUGGAAAAACUGAACAAGGCGACCGGACGCUGGGUGCCUGUGGGCAGAACUGAUGACACCGAAAUGGAGAUCAAGGGCUUGCAAGAGGGCGAAGAGUACGAGUUCAGGGUGAAGGCUGUCAAUGACGAGGGCGAGUCGGAACCGCUGAAAACCGACCACUCGAUUAUUGCCAAGAAUCCAUACGAUAUACCUGGAAAGCCCUCGGUACCCACAAUCGAGGAUUGGGACGUCGACCGCGUGGACCUCAAGUGGGAGGCGCCGAAGAACAAUGGCGGUGCACCCAUCACUGGCUAUAUCAUCGAGAAGAAGGAGAAGUUCGGACAGUGGCAUGAGGCGCUUGUUACUACGACGCCAGAGUGCAAAGCGCGAGUACCGGAGUUGCGUGAAGGCAAUACGUACCAGUUCCGCGUGCGCGCCGUCAACAAAGCCGGUCCCGGUGAACCCGGAGAGCCGACACAGCCGCACGUCGCUAAGGCUAGAUUCUUGAAACCAUACAUCAAUCGUGACAAGAUGGUGGCGAUACGCGUUCGCGCGGGAACCACGAUCAAGUUGGACGUUGACAUCAAGGGUGAACCUCCACCAACCAAAACUUGGACUUUCGCCAAGAAGGUCAUCGAGACCGGAGUUGGCGUUAAGUUAGAGAACGAAGACUACAACACGAAGUUGCAGAUCUUCGAGUCAUCCUGGAAGAACUCCGGCAUCUACACACUGAAGGCGGAGAACGACUCCGGUGUGGACGAAGCCACUGUGGAAGUUACCGUACUCGACAAGCCCGGAAAGCCGGAAGGUCCGCUGGAAGUAUCCGACGUCCAUGCAGAACACGUGAAGCUAAGCUGGAACAAGCCCAAACACACUGGUGGCCUGCCGCUCAGUGCGUACGUUGUUGAGAAAAUGGACACUCUCACUGGAAAAUGGCAGCCUGCUGGCACCGUCGAACCUGACACUACUGAAGCGACUGUGACAGGCUUGGAACCAGGUCACACGUACCAAUUCCGAGUGAAAGCCCUCAAUGAGGAGGGCGAAUCGGAACCCUUGGAAACAGAUCACGGCAUUUUGGCCAAGAACCCCUACGACGUUCCCGCACCGCCCGGUCUCCCUGAUAUCGUGGACUGGGAUGAAAAGUCUGCAAAGCUCAAGUGGGAGCCGCCUAUCAGGGACAAUGGUGCUCCUAUUACGGGAUACAUUAUCGAAGUCAUGGAUAGAGACAGAGGCGAGUUUGUUAAGGCGGCGGAGAUCCAAGGCAACAUCUGUCAAGGCACUGUACCGAAGCUGGAAGAGGGCAACCAGUACCAGUUCCGAGUACGCGCCGUCAACAAAGCUGGCCAAUCGGAACCUUCUGAAAACACCCACUGGCACACUGCUAAGCCUCGCUUCUUGAAACCGCGCAUCGACCGCACAAACCUGAACCCCAUUACGGUGAAGGCCGGUCUUCCGGUAUCUUUGGACGUAAAGGUCUUCGGCGAGCCGCCAGCCACGGUCACGUGGCACUUUAAAGGCGAAGAGCUGAAAAACGGACCCAACUUGGAUAUUAUCAACGUGGACUAUAAUACAAAGUUCCUUAUGACGAAGAGCAAGAGGGCUAACAGUGGAAAGUAUGUGAUCAAGGCCAAGAAUGAGGUUGGAGAGGACGAGGCGGAAGUCGAGAUUACUAUUCUUGGCAAGCCUUCUAAGCCCAAAGGUCCUUUGGAAGUUUCUGAUGUGACCAAGAACGGCUGCACCCUCACUUGGGAUAAACCAGAAGACGACGGUGGGGCUCCCAUCGAGUACUAUGAAAUUGAAAAGUUGGAUCCACUUACUGGUGCAUGGCUACCUUGCGGCACCGCUAAGGACUGCAAGGCGAACGUGACCGGUCUGCAAGAGGGCAAGCCCUACAAGUUCCGCGUCAAGGCCGUCAACAAGGAAGGCGAGUCUGAGGAACUGGAGACCGAGAAGCCGAUUAUCGCUAAGAAUCCAUUCGAUGAGCCUGGUAAGCCCGGACGUCCAGAGCCGCGCAACUGGGACAAGGACUUCGUGGAGCUGGAGUGGUCGGCGCCUAAGGAUGACGGCGGUGCGCCCAUUACCGGCUACAUUGUGCAGAAGCGCGAGAAGGGCGGAAGAUCAUGGCAAGACUGCCUACGGACAAGUGGCGACCGGCCAACGGGUCGCGUGACCGACGUGGAGGAGGGUCACGAGUAUGAGUUCCGCGUCAUCGCGGUCAACAAGGCGGGCCCCGGGGAACCUUCCGAGCCCAGCCGCUCUGUUGUUGCCAAGCCUAGAUUCCUUGCGCCACAUAUCGAUCGCAAAAACCUUCAAAAGAGAAAGAUUAAGGUUGGUCAGACCCUCAAGAUGGAAGCAGACAUCAAGGGCGAACCUGAACCUACAAUCACAUGGACAUUUAACGACCAAACGCUCAAGACCCAAGAGAGGUUGAAGAUUGAGAGCAAGGACUACCACACUUCGUUUGCUCUGACGAAAGUAACCAGAGCAGAUGCUGGGAAGUACGUGGUAACUGCUAAGAACGACUCGGGAACUGAUACUGUAGAAAUCGAAGUUCAAGUUGUCAGUAAACCCGCUAAACCGAAGGGACCAUUGAAGGUCUCGGACGUUAAAGCAGACGGCUGUAAGCUUAAAUGGGAGCCACCAGAAGACGACGGUGGCGAACCGGUCGAAAGUUACGUUGUUGAACGUAUGGACACUGAUUCUGGAAGAUGGGUCCCAGUUUGUACCACAAAGACCCCUGAGGCUGAUGUGACUGGGCUAAAUGAGGGCAAGGACUACAUGUUCAGGGUCAAGGCUGUUAACCCAGAGGGAGAGAGUGAGCCGCUCGUGACUGAAACUGCGACUACCGCUAAGAAUCCGUAUGGCGAACCCGAUGCCCCAGGCAAGCCCGAAUUCAAGGAUUGGGACAAAGAGCAUGUGGACCUUAAAUGGGAGAAGCCCACCAACGACGGUGGCGCCCCCAUCACCGCGUACAUCGUCGAGAAGAAGGACCGCGACACCGGCAAAUGGGUGAAGGCUGUCGAGGUCCCUGGUAAUAAGACUGAAGCCCGUGUUCCGGAUUUGAUUGAGGGCAAAACGUAUCAAUUCCGUGUGAAGGCUGUCAACAAAGCUGGUCCGGGCAAACCUUCCCAGGCCACAGACAACCUUCUAGCUAAGGAUAGGUUUGCACCACCUAAGAUCGACCGUACGAACAUGCGCGACAUCACCAUCAAGGCAGGACAGAUGAUCAGGCUGGACGUUAAGGUCAGCGGUGAGCCUGCACCAACUAAGACCUGGUUCCAAAACAAGGAGCGUCUUUCGACGCGCGACGACCUGUCCAUAGACACCGAGGAUUACCGCAUCAAAUUAUCAGUGGUCGUUGCGUCCCGCAAGCACAGCGGCACGUACGUUCUCAAAGCGGAGAACAGCAGUGGCAGAGACGAGGCCUCUAUCGAGGUCAAGGUGCUCGAUGUACCGGCUAAGCCCGAAGGACCACUCAAGAUCUCGGACGUACAUAAAGAAGGUUGCACACUCAAAUGGAACCCUCCACUGGAUGACGGUGGCGCUCCCAUCGAUCACUACUUAGUCGAAAAGUUGGAUACGGAAACCGGACGAUGGGUUCCGGCUAUGAAGACGAAAGAUCCAAAGGCCGAAGUUGAGAACUUAGUCCCUGGACACGAGUACAAGUUCAGAGUCUCUGCUGUCAACAACGAAGGUGUUUCUGAGCCGUUAGAAGCUGAGCAUUCUAUCAUCGCUAAGAAUCCGUUCGACGAGCCUGGAAAACCAGGCACUCCAGAAGUAGUGGACUGGGAUAAAGACCACGUGGACCUCAAAUGGCAGAAGCCAAUCAAAGAUGGCGGCGCUCCCAUCACUGGCUACAUUAUCGAGAAGAGGGAGGUUGGGUCGCCGAAAUGGGUGAAAGCCUGUGAGGUGGGACCCAACGACAAUGAAAAAGCAACUGUUCCAAACCUUGACGAGGGUGUGGAGUACGAGUUCAGAGUGAAGGCUGUCAACGAAGCCGGCCCUGGAGAGCCGAGUGAUGCCAGCAAGUCCGUUGUAUGCAAACCUAGGAGACUGGCACCAAAGAUUGACCGCCGUAACCUACGGCCUAUCAAAGUACGCGAAGGCGAGCCGAUCUCACUCGACGUGAAAGUGACGGGCGAGCCCGCGCCGGACGUCACGUGGACGCUCAACGGAAAGUCCGUCAUAAGCGGCAAUGGACUUAAGCUUGUCAACGUACCAUAUCUGAGCAAAUACCAACAUGCAAGUCCGCGUCGCAAGGACGCCGGUACUUACAAGAUCCAGGCCGUCAACAAAUAUGGACAGGACACCGCCGAGUUGGAGAUCACUGUCACAUCGAAACCGGACAAGCCCGAAGGUCCAUUGGAGGUGUCUGACAUCCACAAGGACGGAUGCACGCUUAAAUGGAAGAGGCCCAAAGACGAUGGUGGGGAGCCCAUUGAGGCAUACCUCGUGGAGAAAUACGACACGGAAACUGGCACCUGGAUGCCUGUUGGCAAAACGCUCGGCAAUGUGCCCGAAAUGGAGGUUGAUGGAUUGAUCCCUGGUCACGAGUACAAGUUCCGUGUAAAGGCGAUCAACAAGGAGGGUGAAUCGGAACCGCUUGAAACCUUUGGCGCCAUUGUCGCGAAGGAUCCUUUCACUGUACCAGAAGCUCCAUCGGCACCUGUGCCGGACGAUUGGUCUGCCAAUCACGUUGACCUUAAAUGGGAAGCGCCAGUAUCAGACGGUGGCUCCCCCAUCAUUGGUUACAUUAUCGAGAAGAAGGACAAGUACAGCCCCUUGUGGGAGAAGGCCCUGGAGACUCAUACACCUACACCCAGUGCUACUAUUAAUGGGCUAAUCGAGGGCAAUGAAUACCAAUUCCGUGUGAUUGCUGUGAACAAAGCCGGUCAGAGUAAACCAUCGGAUGCCAGCAAGAACUUCGUUGCGAAACCGCGAUUCUUGGCGCCGAAGAUCGACCGCCGCCAUCUUAGAGACGUCACGCUCUCUGCCGGUUCAACGCUGAAGUUAGAGGCUGCUAUCACUGGUGAACCUGCACCCGCUGUUGAAUGGAGAUAUCAAAACAUGCCUCUGCGACCAUCGAAGGCGGUGACCAUCGACUCGCCCGACUAUUUCACCAAGCUGGUAGUACGUCCCGUACGUCGCGACGACUCUGGGGAAUACACGGUGACCGCUGUCAACUCCAGUGGCAAAGAUACCGUCACCAUCAACGUGCUCGUCACCGAUAAGCCAACUAAACCUGAAGGACCAUUGCAGAUCUCGGAUGUACACAAAGAGGGGGCGACGCUCAAGUGGAAAAGACCAAAGGACGAUGGCGGCGCCCCAAUCGAAUAUUAUCAAGUGGACAAGUUGGACACGGAAACUGGCUGCUGGGUGCCUUGUGCACGCUCUGAAGAGCCCAGGUGUGAGGUAACCGGUCUGACUCCGGGUAAGGAGUACAAGUUCCGCGUGUCGGCGGUUAACUCCGAAGGCGAGUCGGAACCACUUGUCUCGGAGACCAGUAUUGUCGCUAAAAAUCCAUUCGACGAACCUGGCGCACCAGGUACUCCAUCAGUUACCGACUGGGACAAAGAUCACGUGGACCUCAAAUGGACCCCACCCAAGGAAGAUGGUGGUGCACCUAUCGAAGGUUACAUCGUGGAGAAGAAGGACAAGUUCGGAAAUUGGGAGAAGGCUGUAGAAGUUCCGGCUGAUAAGACAACCGCCACCGUGCCUGACCUUGUUGAGGGUCAGACAUAUGAAUUCAGGGUGAGAGCUGUCAACAAGGCCGGACCAGGCGAACCCAGUGACAGCACGCAUCCAAUUGUCGCCAAGCCGAGGAACUUGGCGCCGAAGAUUGACAGGACCAACCUCAUAGACAUUAAGAUUAAAGUCGGACAGAAAUUCGGAUUCGAUGUCAAGGUUUCUGGUGAACCGAUGCCAGAAACGAAAUGGUUCCUCGCCAAGAGGGAGGUAAAGUCCGGGGGGGAGAUGAAGGUCCAACAUUCGGACUACAACACGAAGCUGAACUGCAAGUCCGCUACCAGAGCCGACAGCGGACGGUACACAAUCACCGCUGAAAAUUCCAAUGGCAAGGAUGUAGCUGAAGUCGAAGUUAUCGUGCUCAGCGUGCCAAGUCCUCCUGGAGGACCACUUAAGGUAUCAGAUGUGCACGCCAACGGUGCUAAGCUUUCAUGGAACCCACCGGCUGAUGAUGGAGGUCAACCGAUCGAGAAGUACGUUGUCGAGCGUAUGGAUGAGGCUACUGGUCGCUGGGUACAAGCUGGUGAAACACUCGGCCCAGAAACAAAUCUCGCUGUGGACGGUCUGCAGCCUGGACACAAGUACAAGUUCCGUGUACGAGCAGUUAACAGGCAAGGUAAAUCGGAGCCUCUCACAACUCCACAUGCGACAGAAGCAAAGAAUCCAUUCGAUGUCGCCGGCAAACCUGGUACACCGAAGAUCAAGGACUUCGACAAAGACUUUGUGGAGCUCGAAUGGACACGUCCGGAGGCAGAUGGUGGAGCACCUAUUACGGGCUAUGUUAUUGAGAAGAAGGACCGCUUCUCACCGGACUGGGAGGAGUGUGCUCAGAUCGAUGGUGACGUUACUACUGGCAAAGUCCCAGACCUUAUUGAGGGCAACACUUACGAGUUCCGUGUACGUGCGGUUAAUAAAGCCGGAAAAGGCGAACCGAGCGACGGAACUGCUCCUCAUCUGGCUAGGCCUAAAAACUUGCCGCCUAAGAUUGACAGGAAUUUCCUGUUCGACAUCAAAAUCAAGGUUGGCCAAAACUUCGAUCUCGAAGUGCCUGUUGCUGGGGAACCGACACCAACCAAGGAAUGGUUACACGGUGACAACGUUGUACUCAACACAGACAGAAUCAAGAUUGUCAACGACGCUCACGCUACUAAGUUCCGUGUGAUCGACGCGAAGAGAGCAGAUUCUGGAACUUACACACUUAAGGCAAAGAACAUUAAUGGAACAGAUUCGGCAACUGUCAAAGUAUUGGUUAUGGAUGUACCAUUGCCGCCAGAAGGACCACUGCGAGUGGACGAUAUUACGAAGUCCGGCUGCUCAUUGCGCUGGCGACCACCUAAAGAUGAUGGUGGCUGCGAGAUAACACACUACGUUGUUGAAAAAAUGGACCAAGAUAGUUUACGCUGGGUUCCGGCUGGAGAAGUACAAGGUUGUAACAUGCGUAUCGACCAUCUCAUCGAAGGUCAUGAUUACAACUUCCGUGUUCGUGCUGUUAAUAAACAAGGAGAGUCGCAGCCGCUCGUUGGACAAGAGCCAAUUACGGCGAAGGACCCAUAUGGCACACCAGACAAACCUGGAACUCCGGUCGUCAAAGACUGGGAUAAGGAUCACAUGGACUUAGAAUGGGUACCACCGAAGAAGGAUGGUGGCGCUCCUAUCACAGGAUACAUUAUUGAAGCAAAGAAAAAGUAUGGACCGUGGGAGGUUGCUGCUACCGUACCAGGAAAUCAAACAACAGCUACGGUUCCUGGUUUACAAGAAGGAGAGGAGUAUGAGUUUAGGGUCAUUGCUGUUAAUAAAGCAGGAAACGGUGAACCAAGUGAUGCGUCAACUCCACAAGUGGCCAAAGCCAGGUUCUGCGCACCGCACUUCGACAAAAUGUUGCUGGCCGACAAGACAGUCAAGGCUGGACAACGUAUACAGUAUGAAAUUCCGAUUGAAGCAUCGCCUAAACCGACAGUUGAAUGGCAGAUCAACGGAAAAGUUGUACAACCAUCCGAUAGGAUCGACAUUCAAAUUCUCCACAACAGGGUCAUAUUAGACAUUCCAUUCUCCGUUCGUUCUGACGGAGGAGUUUACAAACUGACCCUGAAGAAUGACCUUGGAGUCUGUUCAGCGUCUGCUCAAGUCACCGUAUUAGAUAAACCAUCAAGGCCAGAAAAGCCUCUUGUGGUGUCUGAUAUCACAAAAGAUUCAUGCUCUCUAUCAUGGAAAGUACCACUUGACGAUGGUGGCUCACCAAUAUUGCAUUAUGUUAUUGAAAAAAUGGACUUAUCGCGUGGGACAUGGUCGGAUGCCGGCAUGAGUACGUUCCUGUCCCACCAAGUCACUAGGCUCAUUCAUAUGAAGGAGUAUUUGUUUAGAGUUAGCGCUGUAAACGCCAUUGGUCAAUCCGAACCUCUAGAAUUAGACCGAGCUAUAAUUGCCAAGAAUGAAUUCGAUGAACCUUCUGCUCCUGGUAAACCUGUAGCUACCGACUGGAGCAAGAGCCACGUUGAUUUGGAAUGGGAGGCACCGAAAUCCGAUGGUGGAGCACCUAUUACCGGAUACAUCGUUCAAAAGAAAGAAAAGGGCAGUCCGUACUGGGUAAAUGCCGUGCAUGUACCACCCAAGCAGACCAAAGCUACUGUUCCGGAUUUGAUGGAGGGUCAAGACUAUGAAUUUAGAGUUAUUGCAGUUAAUCAAGCCGGACAAUCGGAACCUAGCGAGCCUUCAGAUAUUAUUACGGCUAAAGACAGAUUUGUCGCACCAAAGAUCAUUACACCACUUAAGGAGGUUCGUAUUAAGGCUGGUCUUAUAUUCCACUUGGAUGUUAAUUUCAUUGGAGAGCCAAUUCCUGAAGUUAAAUGGACCUGCGAUGGCAGGCCUGUAGCCAGUAACGAAAGAACGACAGUAACCUCAGUAGGACAUCAUACGAUCAUUCAUACUGUGAACUGCAAGCGCUCUGACGCUGGUAAAUAUAAUUUGUCAUUGAAGAACGAUUCCGGAUCUGAUGAAGGCAGCUUUGAAUUAAUAGUACUGGACGUACCAGGGGCACCUCAGCCUCCGUUCGAAUACGAAGAAAUAACUGCCCAAUCUGUUACGUUAUCGUGGAAACCGCCUAAAGAUAAUGGAGGCAGUGAACUGACAGCAUACGUUAUUGAAAAACGUGACCUUACUCAUGGCGGUGGUUGGGUACCAGCUGUAACUUACAUCAACCCGAAAUACACGCAUGCCACUGUACCACGUCUUUCGGAAGGUACCAAGUAUGAGUUUAGAGUGUUUGCAGAGAAUUUACAAGGACGAUCCGAACCUCUUGUUACUGACAAAGCAGUAGUUGCUAAGAAUCAAUACACAGUACCUGGAAAGCCUGGAAAACCGGAGCUUGUAUCUGCAGAUAAGGAUCAUAUUAAGGUUAAAUGGUCGUCUCCAAUUUCGAACGGUGGUUCGAAUAUUCUGGGAUACGAUGUUGAGAGGAGAGAUAAGGCUACUGGCCGGUGGAUCAAACUGAAUAAAGAGCCUGUAAGGUUUAAUGAAUAUGAGGAUGACAGGGUACAGGAAGGACAUCAAUACGAAUACAGAGUGUCCGCAGUGAACGCAGCUGGACCUGGUCAACCUUCUGAUCCAUCAAACGUUAUUAUUGCUAAGCCAAUGAAAGAGAAACCUAAAUUAUCACUGGAUCACCUUAUCGGCCGUAAGAUCAAGGUCCGAGCCGGUGAACCGAUAAAUAUUAACAUUCCAAUUGCCGGUGCCCCAACACCGAAAAUUAUUUGGACCAAGGGCGCUAUCUCACUUGUGCCUUCACACAGAUUGUCUACUGAAACUAGUCCUGAUGAAACCAGACUUAGCAUUGAGAAAUCUACGAGAGACGAUGCAGGCAAAUACACAGUCACAGCAUCUAAUGAAUAUGGAAAAGACUCCGCUGAUAUCGAAGUCAUUGUUGUGGACAAACCCGGCAUGCCUAAGGGACCAUUGUCAUGCACGCCUGUUACACACGAAACUAUGAGCUUAACUUGGUUACCACCCAUGGAUGAUGGCGGUAGCGAGAUCACCGGUUAUGUUGUUGAGGUUGCUGAGUUUGGAGUGAACGACUGGCGUACUGUUGCUGGUUUCUGCCCUAAAUGUUCAUUCACUGUUAAAAACUUGACUGAAGGCAAGAAAUACGUGUUUAGAGUACGUGCUGAAAACCUGUACGGAGUUUCCGAACCACUUGAAAGCAGGCCAAUAAUAGCAAAAUUGCCGUUCGAUCCACCAGAUGCGCCAGAUACGCCUAAGAUUACUGGCUACAGUGCUAAUAGCUGCUCUCUUGAAUGGCAACCACCAGCAAACACUGGUGGUAAACCCAUUACUGGUUACAACAUUGAAAAGAGGGAACGCGGUGGUGAAUGGAUAAAGGUUAACAACUAUCCUACUCCUAAUACUUGUUACACAGUUCAAGAUUUACGAGAGGGCAACCGUUACGAGUUCCGCGUUAUCGCUGUUAACGAAGCUGGACCAGGUAAACCUAGCAAACCUACAGAGCCUAUUGUAGCUCAGACACAAAGACACAAGCCUAGCGCCCCUGAAGCGCCUAAACCGGACAGAAUUACUAAGGACUCUGUUACACUUUCGUGGAGACCACCAAAGAGUGAUGGUGGCGCUAAGAUCAAGGGCUACAUUAUCCAACAGAAGGCUAAGGGAGACAAAGACUGGAAAGACGUUAACGAUGUGCCGAUUCCAAACCUUGUUCACACAGUUCCAAAGCUCAAGGAAGGUGAGGAGUAUCAAUUUAGAGUCAUUGCCGUCAAUGAAGUCGGUAAUUCAGAACCAAGCAAACCAACGUCUGAUAUUACUAUCGCGGAACAACCUAACAAACCUUGCAUGGAUCUUGGCGGUGUACGUGACAUUACGGUACGUGCGGGUGAAGAUUUCUCUAUUCACGUACCUUACACUGGCUUCCCGCAACCGACUGCUUCAUGGUUCGCUGACGAUAACUUAAUUGAUGUUGACGGUGACUCCAGAAUAUUCCAAAAGAUCACACCAGACUCUGCUUCCCUCGUUGUUAAGAAUGCGAAGAGAUCUGAUGGUGGCCAGUAUAGGUUGCAACUUCGCAACCCAUCUGGAUACGAUACAGCAACCAUCAACGUACGCGUGCUCGAUAGACCGGGUAAACCAGAAAACCUUCGGGCUGAUGAAUUCGAGGGCGAAGCACUUACAUUAUACUGGAACCCACCGAAAGACAACGGAGGCGGUGAAAUCACUAAUUACGUUGUAGAGAAACGCGAAGCGCGCUCACCUACAUGGACUAAAGUAUCCGGAUAUGUCACGACGCCGUUCUUACGCGUGAAGAACUUAACUGUCGGAAGGGACUACGAAUUCAGGGUUAUGGCUGAAAAUCAAUACGGCCAAUCUGAUCCAGCGCAAACGACUGAGCCGAUCAAGGCCAGACAUCCGUUUGACCCUCCUGGCCCACCCGGCGUACCACGCUCGGUGGAGACAACGGAGUCUUCUAUCACGAUCACAUGGACCAAGCCCCGCAACGACGGUGGCUCUCCGAUUACUGGAUAUGUACUCGAGAAGAGACUUAUCACAGAAGACAAAUGGACUAAGGCGGCACACGCACACAUUCCAGACACAACUUACAAAGUCACCGGUUUAAUUGAGAACCACGAAUACGAAUUCCGUGUGGCGGCUGUCAACGCGGCUGGGCAAGGCCCGUAUUCGCAGAGUUCGGACGCCAUUCGUGCCUGCGCACCGCCUAACUGCCCACGUAUCACCAGCGACCUUAGUCUGCGGGACAUCACUGUCAUCGCUGGCGAAGAGAUCAAGAUCACUGUACCGUUUACUGGCAAUCCAAGGCCAAAGGUAUCAUGGAUCGUGAACAACGACGAAGUGUUCCCGGACAACCGCAUACGUUUCGUGACGUCGGACCGUGACACGGUGUUCCACAACUCGUGCGCUAAACGUUCCGACACGGGCUCUUACACUGUACAGCUGGUGAACAGCGAAGGUUCUGAUAGUGGCACUUGCAGGGUACUUGUGGUUGACAAGCCAUCACCGCCGGUCGGCCCGCUGGACUGCUCAGACAUCACGCCAGACACGUGCACGUUGUCAUGGAAACCGCCGCUAGACGACGGCGGUUCACCUAUCACCAACUACGUCGUCGAGAAGAUGGACAACACUGGCGUUUGGUCGAAAAUUUCAUCAUUCGUCCGCAACUGCCACUACAACGUCAUGGGAUUGGAACCUAACAAGAAGUAUACAUUCCGCGUUCGCGCCGAAAACCAAUAUGGCGUUUCGGAACCACUUACUAUGGACGACUCUAUAACUGCCAAGUUCUCAUUCACGGUGCCCGACCCUCCUGGAAUGCCGCGCGUUCUGGACUGGGACGGCUCUACCGCCAGCAUCACGUGGGACAGACCGCGUUCAGACGGAGGCGCCAGGAUCCAAGGAUACAAGAUGGAAUUCCGAGACGUGCAAGACAAUGUUUGGUCAAGCGCAGAUUACCUCGUCAAAGAUUGCAACUACCAGGCAUACAACUUGGAGCCGGGGCACGAGUACGAAUUCCGCGUGCGCGCGAAGAACGCGGCCGGGUUCAGCAAGCACUCGGCCAGCUCGGCGCCGUUCCGCGUGCGCGCGCGCGCCGGCCCGCCCGCGCCGCCGCAGAGCCCGCGCGUGCUGCGCGUCGGCCGCAACUACGUGGACCUGGCCUGGCAGGCGCCCGCCAGCGACGGAGGUUCUCGUAUAACUGGCUACAUAAUCGAGCGUCGCGAGAUGACCAGUUCAAUAUGGAUCAAGUGCAACGACUACAACGUGCAGGACACAAGCUUCACGGCGCUCAACUUGCACGAGAAAUGCGACUACGAGUUCCGCAUCAUCGCUGUCAACUCUGCAGGCAAGUCGGAACCUUCGAGCUGCACGACGCCGGUCCGCACGGGCGAGGAGGCGGGCGGUGUGAAGCCGGAGUGGCUGAAACCGCUGCCGGCGCAUAUGACUGCUCCGCUGGGCCGCCCAUUCACGCUGCAGUGCCAGGCCAGCGGCACGCCCGUGCCCACCGGCCGCUGGCUGAAGAACGGCCGCGAGGUCGUUCUUGGUGCCAGGUUCAUAGCCGAAUCCCGGGAAGGCACGCUGAAGUUGAACAUUCUAGAGGCCUCAGACGGAGAUGAGGGUGACUACACAUGCGAGGCCAUCAACAGCCUUGGCUCCAUCUACUGCAUCGGACAUCUUAAGAUUGGAAGUCCACCUCGCAUCACGCGAAUGCCGGGAGACCUGCACCUACCAGAACACGACAACACCAAAAUCAAGAUCCUGUACUCUGGAGACCAGCCCGUGGACGUUACGUUGUCACGAGACGGACACACGCUUAGCGAGAGCCCGCAUCUCAAAUACACGGUCUUCGACGACUAUAUUCUCAUAUUUAUCAAGGAUAUCACUAAGGAUGAUAUGGGCACAUAUAAACUGAAAAUCAAGAACAACUCCGGUGAAGCGUCAGAUACGUUCUCGAUCACCGUAACGGGCUUGCCAGGGCCACCACAAGGUCCACUGGAAGUCAGUGACAUAUCGCGUCACACAUGCACUUUGGCAUGGAAACCGCCCGCAUACGAUGGUGGCCUACCCAUCACUCACUACGUGGUCGAACGUAUCGAUAUAUCCGGCACUACGUGGAUCACAAUCGCUUCGUCUGUCCGUGACACGAAGUUCACAGUUCUCGGCCUCACAGAGGGUCAGGAGUACAACUUCAGGGUCCACGCCGCCAAUGAUAAUGGAAUUGGACCUGGGCUGGAGGGUGUUAAUCCUGUUAAGGCGAAGGCACCGUUCGAUCCGCCUUCUGCUCCUGGUAUUCCGAAGAUCCUUGAGGUUGGAGGUCACUUCGUCCAUCUGGAAUGGGACAAGCCUGAAAGCGACGGCGGAGCUAGAAUACAAGGUUACUGGGUGGAGAAGCGCGAGGUGGGCUCUGCGGCCUGGCAGCGCGUGAACGCGGCGCUGUGCGCGGCCACGCAGCUCAACUGCGCCAACCUGAUCGAGGGCCGGCGCUACGAGUUCCAGGUCACGGCGGUCAACGAGGCCGGGCCCUCGCCGCCCAGCCGCGCCAGCCAGCAGGUCGUCGUCCAAGAUCCCAAAGCGGCAACGCCACCUGAGAUCGUGAAACCACUCAAAAACGCCAACUGCAUACAGAACCACAACGCCAAGUUCCAGUGCACCAUCACUGGAUCACCGAAACCAACGAUCACGUGGUACAAGGGCGCCCGCGAUAUAACGAACGGGCCACGGCACCGUAUCUGGAGCGAGGGUGACAAUCACUUCCUGACCGUGAUGGACGUGUUCGGCGAAGACGCCGACGAGUAUGUGUGCCGCGCCGUCAACAGCGCUGGCGUUAAGAGCACUCGCGCUGAGCUGCUUAUCAUGACUGCACCGAAACUAAACGUACCGCCUCGCUUCCGCGACACGGCAUAUUUCGACAAGGGCGAAAACGUUGUCAUCAAGAUUCCGUUCACUGGUCAUCCGGUGCCCAAGAUCACGUGGGUGCGAGAGGGAGAGACGAUCGAGUCCGGACUGCACUAUCACGUUGAGAGGAAAGAGCGUCACGCAAUCUUAACAAUUCGUGAUGCCAGCAAGAUGGACUCCGGUCCGUACAGAAUUACGGCUGAGAACGAACUUGGGCAGGAUUCUGCUGUUAUCAACAUUGAAAUUAGCGACCGUCCGGACCCGCCGCGGUUCCCAGUGGUGGACAACAUCGGCGUGGACUCGCUGGCCGUGAGCUGGCGCGCGCCGAUGUGGGACGGCGGCUCCGAUAUCACCAACUACCUGGUGGAGAAGCGCGAGCACCCCAUGACCAGCUGGAUCCGUGUAGGAAACACCAGGUUUACAACAAUGGCGGUUACGGGCUUGGUCCCAGGCAAGCAGUACGAGUUCCGCGUAUACGCAGAGAACAUCUACGGACGCUCGGAGCCAAGCGAGCCUACCACGCUGGUGCAAACCAAGUCCAUUAUUAAGAAGGAGUUCAAGAAGAAGGAGUACCCAGUGGACGAAACUGGCAAGCGAAUCCGCACCAACGCCGAUCACGGACCAAUAAAGGAUUACGACAGCUACGUAUUCGACGUGUACAGCAAGUACGUGCCGCAGCCUGUCGACAUAAACACGUGCUCUGUUUACGACAAGUACGACAUACUCGAAGAGAUUGGCACAGGUGCGUUCGGCGUGGUACAUCGCUGCCGCGAGAGAAGCACCGGCAACUACUUCGCGGCUAAGUUCAUACCCGUAUCUGGGGCUAUGGAGAAGGAACUGAUUAAGAAAGAGAUUGAUAUCAUGAACCAAUUGCAUCACAGGAAACUGAUUAAUCUGCACGAUGCAUUCGAGGAUGAUGACGAGAUGGUGCUUAUAUUCGAAUUCCUCUCCGGUGGAGAACUGUUCGAGCGCAUCACGGAGCCGGGCUACAGCAUGAGCGAGGCCGAGGCUGCGCACUACAUGCGCCAGAUCUGCGAGGGAGUGAAACACAUGCACGAGCAGAACAUCAUACAUCUAGACCUCAAGCCCGAGAACGUCAUGUGCCAGACACGCACCGGCACCGACGUCAAGAUCAUCGACUUUGGCCUGGCUACAAAGUUGGAUCCCAACGAAGUGGUCAAGAUAUCCACUGGUACAGCCGAGUUCGCCGCACCCGAAAUAGUUGAGCGCGAACCUGUCGGCUUCUACACAGACAUGUGGGCUGUGGGCGUGCUCGCAUACGUGCUAUUGUCCGGAUUGUCACCAUUUGCGGGCAACAAUGAUAUCGAGACGCUCAAGAAUGUGAAGGCUUGCGACUGGGAGUUCGAUGAGGAGGCCUUCCAACACGUUUCAGACGACGCCAAAGACUUUAUUCGCAGGCUGCUUGUUAAGAACAAGGAGAAGCGCAUGACUGCGCACGAGUGCCUGGCGCACGCGUGGCUGGGCGGCGGCUCAGCCUCGCGCACCGCGCCCCUCCCCGCUCACCGCUACGAGCUCAUGCGGGACCGCCUGCGCGCCAGAUACCAGAACUGGUCGUCAUUCGUACUGCCCAUCGGCAGGCUAAGCGAGUACAGCUCACUGCGCAAGUUGCUCAUCGAGAAGUGGAAGAUCUACGAUGGACAGUUCGACCGUCGCCAAGCUGCACCACGCUUCGUAAUCAAACCUCAGUCCGCGUUCUGCUACGAGGGCCAGUCAGUGAAGCUGUACUGCCGCAUUGUGGCCUGCGCUACUCCUACAGUGACGUGGUCGAGGAACAACAGGGAGUUACGACAAUCCGUCAAGUUUAUGAAGAGGUACACUGGCAACGAUUACUACUUCAUCAUCAACCGCACGAAGUUGGAGGACCGCGGUGAAUAUAUCAUUCGCGCGGAGAACCACUACGGCUUCCGCGAGGAAGUCGUCUUCCUCAACGUGCAACCGGUACCACGCGUCCAACGCCAACCACAGGCUGAAGCGCCACGUCGCCGUGAAGCGCUGCCGUACACGUUCUGGCAGGAGUCGAGCGAGACCGCGCCUGCGUUCACGUUCCAGCUGCGGCCGCGUGUCAUGCAGGCCCGGGACACCUGCAAACUGCUCUGCUGUCUCAGCGGAAAGCCCACACCUACUGUCAAGUGGUAUAAGGAUAAGAGAGAGCUCUCUAAAUACGACUACACGAUGAGCCACUCGGAUGGUGUGGUGACCAUGGAGAUAAUCGACUGCAGACCUGAGGACAGUGGCAAAUACACGUGUGUCGCCACCAACGUGCACGGCACUGACGAGACCUCGUGUGUCGUCAUCGUUGAAGGCGAGGUGAUAAGUCCCGAGCAGGCUCAACUUGCCCAUAACUUCUUACAUUCGGGCGACCGCCGAUACAUCGAGAAACCACUUAAACCUGCGCCACCACCUAUCAUUACCAAAACAAAGGUGACAAUAGACCCGCCGAGCAGGAGUCAACAGCCUAGACCAAAGUACUCGCCACAGAGCUCCUUAGAGCCUGGUAAGAAGAAAUACGGCGCCAAGCUGGACUCUGAUUCUGCGUCGUCUAGGUCACGAAGUGCUACCAAGGAAUUAGUUUUGCCGGCGUCGGACUCUACGAUGUGCGCGCCGUCGUUUGCGCGCGCGCUGCCCGAUGCGCUGACGGCGCGCGACGCUGCGCCGCUGCUGCUGUCGUGCAGCGUGCGCGGCGACCCCGACCCGCGCGUCGAGUGGUACAAGGACGGACAGCCGUUGCACUCCUCUGAGGUUGUGAAUCUCAAGUACAAGAACGGCGUCGCAUCUCUGGCUAUCAACGAAGUGUUCCCUGAAGACGAAGGCGUGUACUCGCUGAAGGCCAUCAACAGCCAGGGUGAAGUCGAAACCAAAUGCAAAGUCACAGUAAAAGCCGCAGAUGCUGCAGCAUCAGCUGGAUCAGGCAAGUCUGGGGACAAACCUCCAAGGAUUGUAGACCACGCGGUGUCGCAGGUCGUCAAUGAUGGAGACUCUGUUACACUAUCCUGCAGGAUCGUGGGCGCGGAGAGAUUUGAUGUAGUGUGGCUCCACAACUACAAGGAGAUCAAACCGUCGAAGGACUUCCAGUACUCCAGUGAGGCGAAUAUUCAUAAGCUUCACAUCGCCGAAAUAUUCCCCGAGGACGCUGGCGUAUACACAUGCGAGGCGUUCAACGAUGCGGGCGAGUCGUUCUCUUCGUGUACACUGGUUGUCUCAGUGGCUGGAGAGACUCCGUCCGCGCCGCAGUACACUGUCUUCCCGGUAUCAACAACUGUCAGCGCCUCCGAGUCCGCCGUGUUCACAGCUGAACUGGAUAAGCCAUCACUCCAGCUCCAGUGGCUAAAGGACGGCAAGCCGAUCGACGAGAGCUCAUCUAGAUAUAACUUCACAAUGGAAGGCAAUACUUACCGCUUUGAAAUUUCCAAGUGCAAUUCAGAAGACAGUGGGCAAUACCAGGCGCGUGCUGUGGGACAAAAAGGAGACUCUUUAGCUGCGUUCUACUUGAACGUGGUUGACAAUUAA